UCCAGGAAGCAUGUCCCUCUGUUUCGGGAAAUAAACAAACGGGGUUGCUCUUCUGUCAACGUGAAAGUCUGUUUAUCUUAACCUGCCACAGGACAGUGUGUCACCUUACUACCACGGCGACAAACUGGCGAUAACACUGCCUGCUGAAUAUCCACGUUGUCUGUAUUAACGCCUCGAUCCGCGACCGAAACCUGCAGGCUCUCAGUCUGGGUUUACCUUAACCCCGGAGGAGGACGUGGAGGCUGGACAGAUUUGGCAUUAACUGCAGCUCUACAGCGCGCCGAGACACGAUGUCUGACUCUAUCCUUUUACUUUUGAUUGUACUUGUCGUAGUAUGUUUGAUUGUCACCCUGGCGGUGUUCCUCCUGUACUCUGGACUUAUGUCGGAGGUGGUUGUAAAGACUGGGUCACCUCCUGUAAGAAAUGUCACCAUUGCCUACAAGUACAGAGAGGGAUCAUACAAGGACUGCGGUGCUACCUACACCGAGAGCUGCAGCAUCGGGCCGAAACUGCGCCCCAUCGGUGUUUUCUACGAUGACCCCAAGCAGACACCACCAGAGAAGUGUCGCUACGUGGUCGGCAGUGUCCUGAGUGAAGGUGAAGAGAAGCCAGAUGAGGAGCUGCAGAAGCUGUAUGAAAAGUUUGGUUUCAAGUUGUUCUCUCUGCCUGAAGUGACCCACGCUGUGACCACCACCUUCCCCUCAACCACCCCUCUGUCGUAUGUGCUGGCGCCCUACAGGGUCUACCCUAAGAUCUCAUCCUACAUUGAGGACAGGAAGCUGUGUGCCUUCCCAGCUAUUGAGAUCUGCGAUGCAAACACCACCAACUAUAUGUUUCCACUGUCCCGCCAGACCGACUUCUUUGUCCCGGAGAUGAAGGAGGAGGUCAAAGCAGAUGUGAAAGAGGAGGAUUCGGAUGAGGACAGGGGCACAGACAUUACAGGUGCAGACUCCCACAGUGAUGUGAGCUCGGUGAGCGGUGGUGCGCCCUGGGACAGCAGAGAGACAUCCCUGGCUGCCUCCACAGCCGCCUCCCUGGCCUCCUCCCUGCCUCUGAGGGACCUGAUGGACGCAAACGAAGACAUCCAGCAGAGGGACCCCGGCGACAGAGUCUCUAAUGAGUCAAUGGGCAGCGGCUCAUCCUUUGAAGAGCUGGACAUGGAACAGGUGGAGGGCCAGGAGGGAGAGGAGAGGGCAGAGCAGGAGGAGGAGGAGGAGGAGAAGGAAGAGAGAGGGCCUGAGGUUGAGGACGAAGCCCAAGAGCCACUUCAACCAAUGGCUGAGAAGAGGGAGCCCUUGGGAGAUGGAGAGGAGUAGGGAUGAUAGUAAAGAAAGCUGUAACUUUGGCUUUUUGUUAGAGAGUUCCUGAGUUGUUGCUGUUGCUGGUUUUCUGUCAUGUAAUCUUGUUGGUGGAUCUAUAGCCAUUCAUGCCAUAACCAACACGCCAUAUUUCUUCACCUUUUAAUUGUCUUUUUAAAGCCUGUAUAUUUUGUUCAUUAUAAAUCUCUCUGAUUUUUUUCUGUUUGAGGUUUUUUUUUUAUUAUCAAUAAUUCCCCUUCACUGUAUUUCAGAAUAGAAUAACAGACAACUUAUAUGAUUAAUAAUAAUGUAAGUCUUCAGAUUUACACUGCACAUGUUAUGGAGAACCAAGACUUGUAUGUUUUUUUUCCUCAAUAUUUCAGUGCAAUGCCAUUGUAAUCUCAUGUGUAUCACUACCAUUCCUCUUUAGAUUAGAAAUGACAUGUUAAUAAAAGAUAAACAACUGAAUAAGCAAGAACACUGACAUUGGCUAUGUGGUCUUGAAAAAAAAAAUCAUACAUUAUCAUUUUGCCCUUGAGUUUCUCGCCAUAUUUUGCCCCUCUUAUUGUACAUCACAUUUUCAUGUGCAUUACCUGAGUUUUGGCGUCCUGAACCAUGAUAAUUAUAAUUCGCUGAGCCCAAGGAUUUAUAGAAAAUCUGAUGUAAUCUUUGCCUUAUUCUUUUUUUUUUUCCAGAGUCAGGAGAGGAUCUGUCAUGCAAGGCUAUUUGUGUACACCUUCUGUUUGAAAGGACUUGAACACCUGGGAAAUUCUGAAAUCUGGGGCAGAGAAUAAAAAGUGAUCCACACCAGAAAGAGAAAGAGGGCAUGCUAAACUGAAAAUCACCACAAGUCACUGGGGCUAGGCUUUAUCAUGCAACUUAAAGAAAGAAACAUUUUCCCUCACAGUAAGUACUGUACUGAGCAAUUCAUGGUCAAACAGCAUACAGAAAAUUGAUAAUUGAUAAUUCAGUUAUGUUCGCCUGUUUUCUGGUUAUAGUUGGUUUAUUAAAAAAGGAAAAAAAACACUUGAUUUUCUUUAUUGUGUUAGAGUCAACACUGACUCACUCCUGCAGGCUAGUUGUGAUAUGUUCAUAGGGUUGGAUCUCUCGGUGCUGUGAGACAUUGCCAUGAUUGUGUCUUUCUGUGUAUAAUAAAUUUUUCAAUUGAAAAGUUCAAUUGACAUGAA